UGACAGGAAUCAGACGACAACAAGGACGGCCUGAGUUCGGCUGGACAUGCGGGCUGUCCGGCACGGCCUGGUGGUCACUCAGGCGCGGCCUGGGGGACACAACCACCUCGGACGGACCCAAGCGAUGCUCCUGGGCCUUGGGAUACUGCAGAUCGUGCUGGGUUGCGCCGUGGUGUCGGUCAGCUUCGCCGCGCUAGCCCUGACCACAUACAGUCGUGUCCGGAACGCGUGUCCUUACUGGGCUGGCUUCGCCGCCAUGUUGUCAGGUGGUGUCGGCAUGAUAGCCUGGAAACAGCAGACGUCUCUUGCAGUAAGUUUUUUCACGUUCCUGUCUGCUGUGUGUGUACUGCUACAUCUGGUAGCUGCUAUCCUGGCUGGACAGAGCACCACACUGUUAGCAUCCAUGGAUGCCUCCUGCGUAUCACAGGGCCUGGGCAAGUCCUGCCAGUGCCUGCUAGGUGGUGUGACUGACUGUGCGGGUAUCCAGACCCUGCUGUUGGAGCUGAUGUCGGCCACCUGUGGGACCAGUGUGGUGUCGUGUCUGGUCAGUGCCAUGUCCGUCGCGGUGGGCGGUGUGCACUUCAUCAAGAGAGGAGACCACCAAAGGAUGCUGUAUGGACACAGUCUGGCCUCACCAGUCCUCCCCACCGACUCGUUACGUACACCUAUGGAAGACGAGAUGUUAGCCAUCAACAUGGUCCAGCCUGUUCCCCCUCCUCCUUACUCUCCUCCUGGCUGUUACAUCUCACAACAUGGCAUACUCAGUGAGGACCCCCCUCCUUACUCAGCUGUGGACCCAAUGGCCAGAAUUACUGAGGUGGACACAAGGUGGACAACUGAGGCACAGUCCUCUGUGGAUGCUGCUGCCAGGUUGAGCCCCAGUGUAGAAGGGGCCUGUGGAACUCAGGCCGUCUCACAUUCCAUGUUGGCUGUGUCUCACUCUGGAACUCUGAACAACAUGCUGGACAGUCUACAACUAGCCUCCAACUUUACUAGUGGACAGACCUCACCCACCAAUAAGGAAGGGGGGACCUGUGAGUCAGCUGAGCUGCAGCGUGCUGUGGAUAUGAGUCUGGAAAGCGUGCUGCAGGCGUUUCACGAACAGACACAGCAGAUGGACAGGAGGACCGACACAAACAUCCGACAGGAACCAACCAGGAACUUCAGACUCGUGCCUCAGUUCAGCCUGCCUGAUGCAACACCAAGUCCACAGGGCGCUGUUGGGAUAGCGUCCUUACAGAGAGACAUUUCAGAUGCGAAUGUGUCACAUCAUGUGAGCAGGGUCAAUCAGGACUUAAAAAACAAGACUCGAGACACAAGUGUGAGCAUGGAUUCUAGGAUACCAGUUCACAGAAGGCAAGAAGAACCUCUCAGAGAAGUUUUACCACAUGGAAUUCAGGACAGUCAUCCAGAGGGCAACAGUAGCAGAAAAAGUAAACCAGAACGACCAAAAACACUCAAUCUUUCUGGAAAUGCAAAGCUUAGGAAGCAGACUCAUAGAAAUCACAAAAAGAGACCCAGAUCCUUGGUUGACAGUAAAGACCUUAGAGAUACAAAAGUCCUGGUUGCCCAGUUUCUAGAGCAGCCCGUAGGAAACCUUCCCCCAGCCGUGCAGAUUGUUGUGGAGAACAUCAAGUCUGUGAUUCAGUCUGAUGAGCGACACCUAGCAGAAGUGAUGCACAGUGCAAGUGUCCUUCAGGAGGUGGAGGUGCGCCAUAAUUCCACCUACAGGUACAGCCUGAGCUCCACCAGUUCCAGCAGCCAUGUUUCCUCGUCUGGAUCCGUUUACAGGACGGUGGAGGUCUCCAGCUCUACUGUCUGUAGGACAGCAGAUGUUUCUCCGCCUAGUAGGACAGCUGAGGGUCCAGAUGCUGUACACAGGAUAGCUGAAGGUCAAGGGUGCUUAGAGACAGCAGAAGACAUUUACAGGGAAACUGUGCUGUGACAUCAGCCUGGUACUUUUUGUAGGACAGCUGAAGUUCCAGAUGCUGUACACAGGACAGCUGAAGGUCAAAGAUGUUUAGGAACAGCAGGAGACAUUUACAGGGAAACUGUGCUGUGACAGCUGAUGUUUGUAUGACAGCUGAGGUUGUGUCAUGGUUUAUAGGACAGCUGAGGUUCCAGAUGCUGUACACAGGAUAGCAGAAGGUCAAAGAUGUUCAGAAACAGCAGAAGACAUUUACAGGGAAACUGUGCU